AUGGAUAGUUCCCUCGAAAUACGGCGGAAGCAAGCUUUCGCAGAGCUCAAACCCCGGUGUAUAGCCGUCAGUCAAAUCGUUCUCCGAUCCGAAAUCGAUCCUCAAAGGUCUCGUCAACUCGUAGAAGCACUCGAAAGUCUUUUACAAUGUAUCACAAAGCUCGGCGAGGUGGAAGGGUUAAUAAACCCGGCGACUGGAGACUACAUAUUCUUCCCGUUAUCACACAUAUUCGGUCGACAACAGAUGUUUAUCGAUAGAGCAAUCGACCUGAGUUUACAAUGUGUAAAUGUUCUGUUGUUGAAAUGCUGGAAUGUGAAUAUCACGGGAGAACUGGCGAAGCAGUUGAUGAUUAUGGUUGCUUUCAUAAUUGGUGGUCCGCCUGAUGGGAGUAAACCGUCGAGGGCGUCCGAAGAAACGAAACUGGCAGCUACGAAGUGCCUUGAGAGCCUUUUUGCAGCGGUUACGAGGUCUACAGCUGCUAGGAAUCAGUUCGCGUUAAUCGAAAUGGCACCGUCAUUAGGUCAUUCCCUUACGGUAUUGCUGGAUAUCAUCCCAGCGACAUCAUUCACAGACCUUCAAGUGGCCGCUAGCAGCGCCGUUCACCAUCUCUUUACUGGAUGUAUCAGUGACGACGAUAUCCUCGCAAGCUUUCUACCUGGUACCGUAUCCACGCUUUGCAAAUUCCUAGAUCCCCGGAACAGCGGAUCUCAAAAAUCCAAAGCUCUAGUAAAAGCAAUCGACACAUUGUCAGACGUAAUAAGACUCGUCCUAAUGGAUAUCAAAACGUCCAAUCUACCAACAUCAAAUGGAAUGAGUGGUGGAGCCCUUAACAGCGAUUCUAUUACAACAAUACGAACACAAUCCUGGCUCCAUGGUACUUCGGAACAAGUAAGGAUGGGACUUACGGGCGUAUGCGCUUUACGAAAGCACAGGAUGUUGAAUGUCAAAAAGUCGCUCCUAAAGUUAUGUCAGGCGAUAGCACGAGACUGUCCCCAGUCUUUAGAAUCCACUCUACCCGUCGUAAUCGAAACAUUAGUCAGUUUAUCAGCAGACAAAGAAGAGACAUUUGCUUCGCAGGCCCAGGAAACCCUCACGACCCUCGCUGGGUAUAACGAUAAAAUAACCCAAGUUCUACAGAAGAGUCUCCACGGCUGGAUCUUAUCCCUUCCUCGAGUCCUUCAAAACAACGAUGAAGUCAAGAAAUCACAUCUCCUACGUGAAAUCGCAGCAUCGUUCAAGAUAAUCUCGAACCUGGGCCAGACAUCCGACAUCCUAUUAGACCUCUUCUCAAGAAACAUGAAAGGCAGUAUCAUAAACCUCAGCGAAAGCAAUGCACCCACAAUAGGACCAGAGCAAAUCGUAUCCACCAUCUCACCCGCAUCAAUGGAACUCAUAAAACGAGAAGCCCAGGCCGAAGUGAUAUACCCCGCCGUAAUAAUCCCCGGAAAAGUCCAAGAAGGAACCUCAAACAAUACCUUAUCCCUCCUCCACAUGCUCGGCACCACAUCAACCGGCCUCCAACUCGUCCACGAACACGUCCGAGAAGCCAGAAUAGGCACCGACCUAAGCAAAGCAAUCUCACUAUGGAUGGCACUAAACAUCCUCCGCUCCUCCCAAUCAGAACCCUUAGACGACUUCUUCAUCACAUCAUUCACACAAAAUACCCCAAAAGCACCACAACUAACAGCAGAACUAUACUCAGUCGCUUUAUCAUCAUUAAUCAAUACCUACGACAAUCCAGAAACUCAUCCACAACUAACCUGCAUCUCCCUCGAAAUCCUUGCCUAUACAGCAACCACAAUGUCCACCUCCUUCCGUCCCGAACUCGUGGACUGUCUUUACCCCAUCGUCCACCUCUUCGGAUCCUCGGUGUAUACUAUACAACAACAUGCAAUUCUUACCCUCGAAUCACUGGCAAAAUCCUGUGGAUACCUCUCAACCCGUGACUUACUAGUCGAAAACGCAGACUACCUCGUCAACGCCGUAUCUCUCAAACUCAACAUGUUUAACAUUCAACCGCAAGCGCCACAGGUGUUAUUGAUGAUGAUCAAACUCACCGGCGCGGAGUUGGUACCAUUGUUAGAUGAUCUGGUGGUAUCAAUAUUUGCGGCAUUGGAGAAUUAUCAUGGAUAUGAAAGAUUAACAGAAAGUUUGUUUUCGGUGUUAGAAGGGAUUGUGGUUGAGAGUGCUGGAGGGGAGGAGAAGCUUAGGUUGAUUACCGAUGGGAAGGAAGUUGAGAGCGGUGAGAAGAGGAAUAGAGUGAAGAGGAAGCAUAUCAUGACGUUAGACGACGUACUAGGGGAUUUAGACAACUUGAUCCAACGGGAGAAUAAACCUCUAGUACAAGAACUCAAAGAAGAAGAAGAAGAAGAAGGGAAUACACCACAUAAACCCUGGGGUAGAAAAAAACCAGAAGAACCAUACGCCAAUAACGAAGAAGAACAAGAACAAGAAGAACCAACAGACCAAUCACCCACCAACCCGCCAGAACCAAAACCAAACCACACAUACCUAAUGAUCGAAUCAAUCACCCGUCUCUCCCAAAACUUCCUUACCUCCAAAUCCUCCUCCCUAAGGCUCCACCUCCUCCGCCUAAUCUCCACCGCAUCCCCACUACUUUCAAAACAAGAAGAUAACUUCCUACCACUAAUAAACCAACUCUGGCCCGUCAUAAUCGACAGAUUACAAGAUUCAGAACCAGCGGUAAAAAUCACUACGAUUAAUACUAUAACAAGGUUAUGUAUUGACUGCGGAGAUUUUUUAUCAUCGAGGAUUGAAGAGGUGUGGGGUGUAUUAAUUGGUAUAGCACGGAAAGCGAAGGUUGGGGUUGAUCAUGAUCAUGAUGAUGAAAGACUUAAAAGAUCAAAAAGGAACGAUGGGAAGAAACAGGUUGUUGUGGUACGCAAAAGUGUAGGUGCGGCUGUGGUGGGGGGUUAUGCAGUACACACCCAGAUUUGGGGGGCAUGUUUACAAUUGUUUGAGGCGGUGAUGGGGUAUACGAGGGUUAGUGACAGGAUAUUUGAAGAUGUGGUAGGGAUGGUGGGGAGGGAGUUUGUGAAAGAAGAAGGAGAAGGAGAAGGAGAAGAAGGGUAUACAAAGUUGAAGGAGGUUUUGGAAGAGAUGGAUGGGGAUGUGGUGUGGCUGGAGAUGGCGAGAUGGGGUGCAUAUGCGGGGGCCAAGGGGGGGAGUUUGUGGGGAGAGGUGCCUGAAAAGGUGGAGGUGGAAUUUGGGGGUGGGAAUAGGAGGGUGGUGGAGUUUGAACCUGUGGUGUUUAGAGGGUGUGGGGUGGUUGUGUGA